UAAUAUCAGCUCUGUUUAGAGCUCGAGUCCUCAUUUAUCAGCUCUCGGGACUGCGUGAAGUCUCCACCGCACAGCUCUUAUUACUACACGACAAUUCACACGCUUUACAACUUCCAACAAACGGGGGAAACAUUUGCGUAAACUUUUGGGGUUUGCGACCUACUCUAGCGAACUACAUCCUCGACGACAAACAAGCCUCUCUUUCCCUCUUUGUCUCUCAUUCUACUCUUGGAGCAAUAACAGGGAAACACCCAUCAGGGAUAUCACAAAUGUUUUUGUGAAAUCGACAAAGUAAUUCUUGCAGAGGAGUUGAAGUCCCUGAGCAGGACACUGUUGGAAUGAUGGCUCAAGAAGACGGGGACUAUGUAAAUGACACUUAUGAAUACAUGGAUUAUUAUGGAUUUGUAGAGGAGACCAAGGCUGGAGGCUACACUCAGAGAGAAGCUCUUCACAUCAUAUCAGUGAUUAUCUACAGUCUGGCGUUUACUCUGGGUGUAAUUGGGAAUGGCAUGGUCAUCUGGGUGACCGCCUUCAAAAGCAAACGGACUGUAAACAGCAUUUGGCUGCAGAAUCUGGCCAUCGCCGACUUUGUGUUUGUUCUUUUCCUGCCGUUCUCCAUCGACUACGUGCUGCGAGACUUUCACUGGAUCUUCGAGAAGACGAUGUGCAAGCUGAACUCGUUCGUGUGCACCAUGAACAUGUACGCCAGCGUGCUGUUUCUGACCGUCCUGAGCUUGGACCGCUACAUCUCACUGGUCCACCUGAACUGGUCGGAAAGGUACCGAAACGUUCGGAGGGCCUGGUGGGUGUGUGCACUGAUUUGGUUCACGUCCUUCUGUCUAAGCUCUCCGGCUUUGAUAUUCCGUGACGUAAUCAAGCAUAACGAGAAGGUUUUGUGUUUUAAUAACUUUCAUGAUGAGGACAACAUGCACAUGUUAGUGGUGAGGCACAUUGCGAUGGUUUCGCUGCGCACCAUUGUGGGAUUUCUGCUUCCGUUUGCAACCAUCACCAUCAGUGGCGUGUUGCUGGCUAUUAAGAUGCGGCAGUGUGACUCGCUACGUUUGACCAGCUUUUCCAGAACCGUCUCUGCUGUGAUUCUUGCUUUCUUCCUAUGUUGGGUGCCUUUUCACACGUUCAGCCUGAUGGAGCUGAGCAUGCAUCACACCACCUACCUGCACUCCGUGCUCAUCGUGGGCUUCCCACUCGCCACCAGCCUGGCCUUCUUCAACAGCUGCGUCAACCCAAUCCUGUACGUACUGCUAACCAAGAAGGUGCGUAAACUGGUGAGAAGGUCGUUUUUGAACUUCACCAAGAGCUCGCUGAGGGAGCUCAGUCAGUCUGUGUCUGCGACUGAGUUAGACUCAGCACUGCCCAGCUUCUCUCCUGAAGAAACCACGGCCAACUCCUCCGUCUGAUGAGCUCAGCGAUCACUUCAAACGCACAUGAACUCAACAAACUUUGAGCUUUAAAAACAAAACAUCUAGAGCUCUAACUGCACUAAAAAUAUAUUUUGUCAAACUGCCUGGGAAAUACUGGCUUUUAUCCCUUAUAUAGUACAUUAAAGUAAAUAUGUAUUUAAUGGAUCAUCUAUUUUGUAUGUUGUUCAAUAAAUUUUUUUUUAUCUAAAAAUCAUAUAUAGUAUCACCUGUAACUAUAUGAAAGGAAAUAAUAUACUUUUUUUCUACUAAGUAUUUCUGACGAGUAGUAGUAAUGAAUGAUAUUUUGGCUCUGUUGAACAGUCUUUGUUUAAAAAAAUUAUUUCACAGAAUCAGUAAACUUGCUAAGGCUAAUGUACACUGUGUAAUCUGUAAAUUAUUAAAUAAAACAAAAAAUAAAAUACAAUGAGGAACGUA